AUGGACACACCUGUCAUCCCACCUCCCCAGGAUGCACGGGAGCAGGAGGUCAUGGAGCGCCUCGCGGCAAUCCGUGACCAGCUUCUUCUUCUCAAACAGGACCGGACAAAAUACAUUCGGUCCCAGGAUGUCAUCGGAUUAUACGAGCAAACCAUCGAGGAGAUCCGCAAGGUCAACGAGAUUCGGGGAGACGCCAAGGAUCAGGCCGGCGAGAACCGCCUUGAUAAGAUCAUUGAGAGCUGCUUCCAGCUCGUGUCGCUCUUCUUCAUGACGAUCGGCAGGACGAAUGAGGCGCCCGCGGCAUACUCCCUUACCUCGACCAUUAAGCGCCUGCUGAAGCACCUCACGGAAGCCAACCUGUUCUCUGCGAAGGACUUGGAUAGUAUGGCCAAGACGCUAGACCAGCUUUCGAGAACCGUCAACGAUGCGGACGCGAGGCACUCCCCGUACCUGCUCAAAUUGUUGUCGAAGAGGGUUGAACUGUGCCAAUCAUCACUGGCAAUGUUGCAGAAAAAGCUGGACGACCUGGAUGAGACGUUGCUUACUGUGCAUGAGAAGGUUAUCUCGAUUUUGAGGUCUCUGUCGCUGGCAAACACGAAAGCCAAAUUUAACACUUCCGAGGUCAAGAAGCUUCAAGCUCAGUUGAAGGAAAUUGACGCACAGCGGCAAGACGGGAAGUUUCUUGCCGCAGAUGGUCAAGUCGCCAAGGGCAGCGAUGUGGUGUCUGAGCUCCUGAGCCGGGUUCUUAUGUGGUCCGACAUUGUGUUGGAGAGGAAAGGCGUUAUGCCAGAGCAGUGGAGAAGUGUCUACGAUGUCUUGAUUGGCAUCCGCAAUGAUCUCGAUAAGUUCUCGAUCACACCGGCGUGGUCUCUCAGAGAGACCGAUCUCUACGAUUACCAACGGCAGCUCGACAAGAUCGACGAGGCCAGAGUGGAUGGCAAUUGGUUGGACGAGGAGGGCAAGCCGGCAGAGCUCUAUGUGCAGAGGACAUUGCUCUACCUGAUUAGGCGCAGUUACGGCUACAUCUACCACCUUAUGGUACUAUCGGAGCCAGUGUCAGAAGCAUUGCUGCCAGUAUAUAACCAAUUGUCGACCUUGAAGCGGUGUCUGCUCGAGGUCAAGAACUCAGGGGGCGGGAGCUCAGUGAGGGAACUAUACCCUUACAGCAUGAAGCUCAACUCCAUCGACAACAUGCGCACCGACGGAAAAUUCGAGAUCAAUGGAGACAUCCCAGAAGGUCAAGCAGCAGUGGCGGACCUUCUCGCGGAGUGCUUCGAGCUCAACUAUGAACUGCGGGUCGACGCCGAAUCUCGUGCGGAAGCGUCCGAGAAUGCUGAUGCAUAA